AUGUCCCACAUCCACCACCAAGGCCCUAUAUGGAGUGAAAGCAAAUUGCCAGAUGACAGCACCACAGUUUUUCCUCAAGUGUACGAACAGAGAAAUGACAUUUCGUCGAAAGUUCUGGUUAUUGGUGAUGACUACAGCCUUGAUCUAGUUAAAGCUUCGGUGUUGUCCGACCCUGUUUUGCUCCGUGUUGUCACAGAGUCCGGAGUUGAGCAGAGAUACGUUGAUGGGCCGUAUCACGAAAGGAACCUGUACCAGGACACUGGCAAGCAAGCAUCGUUAAUUCUGAAACCUCUGAGAGAUGGGCAUUACCACGUAGUAAGUACGGCUCAUGCACCUUUCUAUCCCGGCCAAGUGAGGGUCAGUCUACGAAUGCAGCAACUCGAUACUCCAGGGUUCAUAGCACUCAUUGCCAUCGAGAUGUCCGCAACUGUAAAUUGCUGA